UACACCGUCUCCUAUUAGAAGCUUUACAAUUCAUUUUAAGAGGUAAUAAAUGCGGACACUUUGUUGUGAAUGAAACCGCGUGGUUGGACACAACCUUUGACAUACAUCAGGCUUCCAAGUCUUUCUCAUUGUUGUUACAGAUAAAGUCACACGAUUGAAAGCUCAGAGUCGCACCACCUUGCUUUUCAAUCCUUCUUUCUUCCUCUUCUCACCUUCAAAAACAAUUCCCAUCUGCCAAAGCCAAUGUUUUCUCCUCAAAACACAUAAGUUCACAUUUUUUUGUAAUUUCCAUUGUCCUUGCAUAUCCCCAUCAUCUUCUUUAAUCUUCCUUCGUUUUAAGAUUUUGCCUUUGAGAGAAACCUGUGAACUCGGUUGCUUCUUUCACCCUCUUGGCCUAGCUCAGCUCAGAAACUCCGCUAGGUGCUUGAUCUAGGAUUCAUCGGGUACAAGAAAGAGGUUAUUAUCAAUACCAUGGUUUUGAAGGUUUCUCUCAUUAUGGUUCUCCUUGUGACAUGCUCCUGUGUCGUGGAAGCCUUUUCAAUGAAUCUCGAUCAUCGUCACAGCCAAAAUGGAUCUUCUCUGGCUGCCAUCAAGUUUCCUGAUCAUCCAAGCUUUAGUACUGUCUCCUCUUCCGGGGACACUGAUUGCAGCCUCUCGAGUUCUGAGGAGCUCGGGCAUUCUGGGUCUACCAUGACAUCAGGUGAAGAAACUGAUGAAGAGGGUGAGGCUUUUCCAGCUCCAAACCCGCACAAGCAAUUGGUGAAACUCCACUUGAAACACAGGUCAGGGAGCGAAGAUGCUGAGCCUAAAAAAUCUGUGGUUGAUUCCGCCGUGAGGGAUUUGACCAGAAUUCAGAACCUUCACAGAAGGGUCAUAGAGAAGAAGAAUCAAAACGCCAUUUCAAGGCUGCAAAAGUCACAGAACCAACCAAAGCAGUCCUUCGAGCCUGUGGUUUCUCCGGGGGCUUCGCCGGCAGGUGGGGUUUCCGGGCAGCUUGUGGCAACUUUGGAAUCUGGGGUGAGUCUUGGCUCCGGUGAGUACUUCAUGGAUGUGUUUGUGGGCACACCUCCUAAGCAUUUCUCUCUGAUACUUGAUACUGGUAGUGACCUUAAUUGGAUCCAAUGUGUUCCUUGCAUUGCAUGUUUUGAGCAAAGUGGACCAUAUUAUGACCCCAAAGAUUCUAGUUCUUUUAGGAAUAUAAGCUGUCAUGAUCCACGGUGCCAACUGGUUUCAUCCCCUGAUCCACCUAGGCCUUGCAAAGGUGAGAAUCAGAGCUGUCCCUACUUCUACUGGUAUGGUGAUGGUUCAAACACAACUGGGGAUUUUGCAUUGGAAACAUUUACCGUUAAUCUCACCACUCCUUCUGGGGGGUCAGAGCUGAAGCAUGUGGAGAAUGUGAUGUUUGGAUGUGGUCAUUGGAAUAGGGGUCUCUUUCAUGGGGCUGCUGGUUUGCUAGGCUUGGGGAGAGGACCAUUGUCAUUUGCUUCUCAGAUGCAAUCUCUCUAUGGCCACUCCUUUUCCUAUUGUCUUGUGGACAGAAAUAGCAAUGCAAGUGUGAGCAGCAAAUUGAUUUUUGGUGAGGACAAGGAGCUGCUCAACCACCCCAAUUUGAAUUUCACUUCUUUUGCCGGAUCAAAAGAGGAUUCAGUUGACACAUUUUACUAUGUCCAGAUAAAGUCUGUUAUGGUUGACGGUGAGGAGUUGAAGAUACCUGAGGAAACUUGGCAUUUGUCAGCAGAAGGUGCUGGUGGCACCAUAAUUGAUUCUGGCACCACAUUAACAUAUUUUGCUGAACCUGCUUAUGAGAUUAUCAGGGAGGCUUUUGUGAAGAAGAUUAAGGGCUAUGCACUCAUUGAAGGCCUUCCUCCUCUGAAGCCAUGUUACAAUGUGUCAGGAAUUGACAAGAUGGAGCUACCUGACUUUGGAAUUUUAUUUGCUGAUGGAGCAGUGUGGAAUUUCCCAGUGGAGAAUUACUUUAUCCAGAUUGAUUCUGAUAUUGUUUGCUUGGCUAUUUUGGGAACUUCUCGAUCUGCUCUUUCAAUAAUCGGAAACUAUCAGCAGCAGAAUUUCCACAUACUAUAUGACAUGAAGAAAUCCAGACUUGGUUAUGCACCAAUGAAGUGUGCUGAUGUUGGUUUAGUUUACACAGUAGUUGAUUAUCUAUUAGCAGAAGAACAGCAAUUGACGGAGCAAUUUAAAUCGGUGGGGAUGGUUGCUGUUAGGUUUCACCAGUACCAGGUGGUGGGAAGGGCUCUUCCUACCGAAUCCGAUGAACAUCCUAAGAUCUACCGCAUGAAACUAUGGGCUACCAACGAGGUCCGCGCCAAAUCCAAGUUCUGGUAUUUCUUGAGAAAAUUGAAGAAGGUCAAGAAAAGCAAUGGGCAAAUGCUAGCUAUUAACGAGAUCUUUGAGAAGAAUCCUACCAAGAUUAAGAACUAUGGAAUUUGGCUGCGAUAUCAAAGUCGCACUGGUUAUCAUAAUAUGUACAAGGAGUACCGUGACACGACUCUGAAUGGUGCUGUUGAGCAAAUGUACAAUGAAAUGGCAUCUCGUCAUAGAGUGAGGCAUCCAUGCAUCCAGAUAAUUAAGACUGCCACCAUCCCUGCUAAGCUGUGCAAAAGGGAGAGUACCAAGCAGUUCCACAAUUCUAAAAUCAAAUUCCCAUUGGUGUUCAAAAAGGUUAGACCCCCAACUAGGAGGCUCAAGACAACAUACAAGGCAUUCAGGCCAAACCUGUUCAUGUGAUUCAGUAUAUGUAACUUCCCUGAUUCUCAUCUCGUGCUGCUUGAUCCAUUCAUGGUGUACAUGGGAACUGCAUAGAGAAAAGGUGAUCAUGUAGUGACAAUCUCCAGUAUCUGCAAUUAUAUUUUGCAUUCUUUCAAGGUCUGCAGAUUGUUUUUGAAAGAUGGAGUUUUAGUUAAUUAUAUAUAGAUUUUGCAGAAUCACAUCUUUUCCUAGUUCUGGUGUACUUGUUCAACGAUGCUUUUGAAUUUGGUGAUUACAUUUUUGUUCCGAUUCUGGGUUUAUAGUUUGUUAUUUGAUAUUUU